AAUACUGUUAUACGAAAGCCUUGUUCUUAUUCCCAAGUUUUUCAAGCAAAUAAAUUGUUGUUAUUUAUUUUACUUAUUCAAUUGUCUCACAGCGCUUCGUCAUUUGAAUCCCCUAUAUGAUUGGCUAAUGGAAGUAGAUCCAGGAAGCAGAAUAGUCUAUUCGAUUUGCCGACAGAUAUUUCCAGCAUUCAGCUUACUCCAACCAGGAUUUAUCAGCAGGAAGCAGAGCGGUUCGCAAUGGCAGCCAGAAGAGUUGUGGUGUUCCCAUCCUCAGCCGAGCUCGGCCCAGUGCUGGCUGAGCUCGUGUCAUCUCGGGCAGGGAAGGCCAUUGCAUCGCGUGGUCGCUUCACCCUGGGUCUCUCAGGUGGCAGCCUGGUGUCCAUGCUGAGCAAGGAGCUGCCCGCUCUGCCCAACCUGGACUGCAGCAAGUGGGUGGUCGGGUUUUGUGAUGAGCGGCUGGUCCCUUCCAAUGACCCAGAGAGCACCUAUGGGCUUUACAAGAAUCAACUGUUCACCAAGAUCAACAUCCCAGAGACUGCGAUCCUGUCCAUCGACUCUUCGCUGCCAGUGAAUGAGUGUGCGGAGGAUUAUGCUCGUAAACUGAAGGAGCAGGUGUUCCCCGGAAACGACAAGCCCGUGUUUGACAUGCUGCUGCUGGGAAUGGGCCCAGACGGCCACACCUGCUCCCUCUUCCCAGGCCAUCCUCUUCUGGAGGAAACUGCGAGGAUCGUGGCCCCCAUCAGCGACUCCCCCAAGCCCCCCCCACAACGCGUCACCAUGACCCUUCCCGCGGUGAACUCGGCGCUCUGUGUGGUGUUCGUGUCGACGGGUGGCAGCAAGGCGCCCGUGUUGAAGGAAGUGCUGGAGGGGCGGGAAGGCCCAGCGUUCCCCGCAGCCCGGGUUUUGCCAACUGAAGGAGAGCUCUUCUGGCUCAUCGAUGGCCCGGCUGCUGCUGACCUGACGAUCACCGUAGAGAAGCCUGGAUCAGGCGCACGGCUUUAGGGUUUGCUCCUUUGCUACCUGGAGGACUGAGACAGAAUGUACAUUUUGUUAAAUAUGCAAGUUGUAACAAACAAAGUGUCAAAGUCCGUCUCUAGGAGAGAAUGUGUGUGUGUGUGUGUGUGUGUGUGUGUGUGUGUGUGUGUGUGUGUGUGUGUGUGUGUGUGUGUGUGUGUGUGUGUGUGUGUGUGUGUGUGUGUGUGUGUGUGUGUGUGUGUGUGUGUGUUCUAAUCAUUGGUCGAAAGCUGGUCUGAACUGAAAAAAAUCAUUAAAAGUUUUGAAGAACGUG